AUGAAGAUUCCUUUCAUCCUGAGUGCUGCCGCUCUCAUCGGCCACGCCAGCGCUUUCUAUGGCCAAAUGGCCGCCUCUGCAUAUGAGGCCAACGAGGGUGGUGUUUUUCAGAUAAUUUAUCUGACUGACUAUAAUAGCGGAUCCACCUACUCUGGUACUCUUUAUGGAGGAUUCAAUUCUUGCACCAGCAGCGAGUGUUCUAUCGACUUCUACGAGACCAGUCCCGGGGGCUAUGACUUCACUGCUCUCAUGUGGCGAACUAGUGAUGGAUGCCACAACAUCAACUUCGAGGGUGCUCUUAGUGCCGGUCAUGGUUACUGCUGUGGCUCGCUGCCCUGCGAUUUCACAGCUUAG